CCAACAGAGAGACUUUCGGGAACGUGUGCGUUACAGACCAAACAGAGCAGGGUCGGGGUUUUGGGUUUGAGAAGUCAAUGAGAGAAGGGAACAAUUCUUCCUUAGUUGUUAAUUUUGUCGAAAUCUAAAAGCACAACAUAAAUUUCGAGCCAAUGUCUUAAGUAGUUGCACAUGUUAUUACUCCAACCGUGUGAAAGUGUCAAACUGACACGUUUUCAUUUUCGUAAAAACUAUUUUAUAUCGAAGGAAUGCCUUUGAUUUGACGGCUUGCACGUGCGCAGUUUGACACAAGACAACCGUUAGACCCGAUGACGUGUUUCUGCGCAUGAGCUUAGCUAGCCAACGUCGCCAUGACAUCGCCUACAAGCGUGAUCGGGGAUUUCUAUUGGAGAAGCAGUUUUAGCCCAUCUUCAUACUGUACAGUCUGUUUUAUACUGGAAGAAUAGGCAGAGCAGUAAAUCUGCUAGCUACUACACACAAUUGACCGUGAUUAAAGACCUAAUCAGUGCUUGUCCAAUUUAGCAGGAAUGGCGGCGUUGGCAAGUCUGGUGCAGCGGCUGGAGGUGGCUGUGAGUCGUUUGGAGGCGGUGUCGGGCGGUGGAGGUGGCGGUGGCUCUACUGGAGGCUCUACUGGAGGCUCUGGAGUCGUGGCAGCUUACGUGGAGGCCUAUGAUGCCAUCAUCACGGGCUCUGUUGGCCAGUACAUGACCCUCAGCCAGCAGAUAGGGGGCGACGUCCAGAAGCAUGCGGACAUGAUGAAGCAGGCGUUCUCAUGUCAGAGACAGCUCCUUGUCACCGCCUCCAGCUCCCAGAAGCCCUCUGAUGCAUCCUUGACUGCUCUCCUGACCCCCGUCUCCAAAGUGAUCCAGCAGGUGCAGACGUUCCGCGAGCAGAACCGCUCCUCACCCCUCUUCAACCACCUCUCGGCCAUCAGCGAAAGCGUGCCUGCCCUCGGCUGGGUCGCCAUGGCUCCUAAGCCAGGUCCCUAUGUGAAGGAGAUGCAGGAUGCUGCCCAGUUCUACACCAACCGGGUGCUCAAGGACUACAAGGAGAAGGACCAGAAGCAUGUGGACUGGGUUAAGGCCUACCUGUCUAUCUGGACUGAACUUCAGAACUACAUCAAACAGCACCACACCACCGGACUGGCCUGGAGCAAGAGCGGUCCAGUAGCCUCGGCCUCUGCAGCUAACCCUGCCGGUGGCGCUCCUCCUCCCCCCGGCCCUCCUCCCCCUCCCAUGGACUUCAGCGGGUCGUCUGGCGGUGGCGGAGACCAGGGGCCCGACACCCGUAACGCCCUCUUCGCCUCCCUCAACAAGGGAGCUGACAUCACCAAGGGCCUGAAGCACGUGCCCAAAGACCAAAUGACUCACAAGAAUCCCAACCUGAGGACCCAGACCGGUCCGGUGUGCACAGGGCCCAAGCCCUUCAGCUCCCCCAAGACAGAGGCCACCGCCGCCCCCUCUCGCAAGCUGCCCCCCGUUCUGGAGCUUGACGGCAAAAAGUGGAAAGUGGAGAACCAAGAGGGUGUCCAGGGCAUAGUGAUCAGCGACACAGAGCUCAAGCAGGUGGUCUACGCCUUCAAGUGUAACAACAGCACCCUGCAGAUCAAGGGCAAGAUAAACUCCAUCACUUUAGACAACUGUAAGAAACUGGGUCUGGUCUUUGACGACGUCGUGGGCAUCGUAGAGGUUAUCAACUGCAGGGACGUCAAGGUCCAGGUCUUGGGCAAGGUUCCCACCAUCUCCAUCAACAAGACUGACGGUUGCCACGUGUACCUGAGCAAAGAUUCGCUGGAGUGUGAGAUCGUCAGCGCCAAGAGCUCAGAGAUGAACGUGCUGGUACCUGGUAAUGAUGGAGACUAUACUGAGAUCCCUGUUCCUGAGCAGUUCAAGACUGUCUGGGAUGGCAAGAAGCUUGUCACCACUUGUACAGAGAUCGCUGGAUAGAGGCGCAGCACUCGAAACAGCCUCCCCUUUGCAAAUGCCUACCUGACUGAUCAACCGACCAGCUAACCAAACCACAAAGUAGACUGAGAUGCCAACCGCACCCAUAUUUUUCCAUUCUGCCAAUCAAAGCUUUAGCGGUUUCCUCCUUCAGCCAAUGAGAGGACUGCUUGCUUUAUCUGGAGCAUUCCUUCAGCCAAUUGCAGGGAGCGGCUUGUUAUUCGAUUCGGUUAUCCUCAUGACCAGUGAGCGUAUUCAAAUGGGUUUGCCAACAGCCAGGUUGAUUUUUGAUUUCUUGCUAAUGAUAAACGUAAUAGCGAACGUGAGGGAGCAAAGCUUUGAUCACACCUGUGGUUAAUGCAUCAGCCAAUAUUUCCUAAAAACCAAUCGUUAAUUGGAUUUCCCCUCUGGUCAGGGGGAGGCAUGUGUUUAGGGGUCCAAGGUUUCAGUUCCAUUUAUGCAAUUCAGCCGUGAAGCACAUGUACAACCAACCCCUCUUUACAGUCGACAAUGGUAACAUUCAUAGAGAUUGACUAAAUAUAACAUGUGUCAUCACUCUUAAAAUAGGUAAAAUGACAAGUUACGUGCAGGAUCACUGUCUUUUUUUAUCAUAACACUGAAGCAAAAUGGUGAAAGAUGAAAUGUAAAAAAUAAAUGUUAAUUCCUUGCUCAACCUCCAAGACACAUUCCAUAUUAUUCAGACAAUAUGGAGGUGAAUGAUGUGGAAGUGGUUUUAGCGACAAGACGUCAAAAUACUGUUUGAUCGGUAAUGGUUAAGUUUGGGGUUGCCUUGAUCUCGGAAUGAUUUUUGGAUUAUCUGCUGUAAUCAUCUGUAUAGACAAUUCUUUUUAAUGCUAGUUGUCUUAACCCCACUGUCGCCAUCAUCAACCCACCUAUCCACUUAUGUCUCUACUACAACCUCUGGUUAUCCUGUUCUUGUAGCUGUCAUGCUCUGAUGUGGAGUUUUUCAUUUGGGUCAAGAAUCUAAAUUUUGCUCAUUAGCACUGGAGGAAUACAUUAAAAUAAUGUUGCAAUUAUAA